CGACGGCGUCUGGUGUUUUCUUGUCAGUUUGAUAAGGCCACCUUGAGGCGGUGCAAAAACGAACACAAUCGCAACCGCUCUCAGCUCUCGAAUCGAAAUCGCUGGCAAUUCGCUUAAAUUUGCGGGCGAAUUCUCUAAACGAAUUCAGUUGAAAAAGGCGCGUUGUGCGAACCGGGCAUCAACGUUUUUUUAGCGGUUCAUUUUCAACACAAAAAAUAAACAAAAAAAAACAAAAACUCGGCAAACUCAGUCAAACAAGCCUCAUGUAAUUGAAACAUCCAAACGUAAAUUGUGAAUACUUUGUAAGAUCAAAGGAAAAGGUGUGAAGACCAAAGUAAAAAGUAAAGCAAGUGACUAAGACUAAAGCAAAGAAGAGCAAGACGAUAGACCAGUAAAAUACCAUACCAUGGCCAUAGAGUCACGCUCUACGGGCACUGCAAGUGAUACCACAAAACCCGCCACGAACUCAGCAAUAAGCCCCAAAUCUCCAGUAACACUCGGCAAAAGACGGGCCGAACAGCUGUUCCGCUGCGCCUGCGCCAAUUUCAAUCUACUGCUGCUGACUUUGAUACUCGGAUUCGGCAAAUGCUGCACAGCCACGCCCACGCCGCUCAGCCCACUCAGUACGCCCUCGACGGACCCGCCCACCGCUGCAGUUGGCCCACAUAGUCCCCGGACACUGGACGAGGGAGGGACGCUGAGCAAGCUGAUCGAUGGCAAGGCCUUCAUCAACAUGGGCUUCAAGUUCCUGAACGUUUCCGGAAAGAUUGGCACCCCCCUCGGCAUAGGGCAAUCCCUGGAGGCCAAGUGCGAUGAGAAGCAGUUCCAGUGCCACAGCGGCGACUGCAUCCCCAUUCGAUUCGUGUGCGACGGCGAUGCGGACUGCAAGGAUCACAGCGAUGAGCAGAUUAAGGAGUGCAAGUUCAUAGAGGCCACUUGCUCCUCGGACCAAUUCCGCUGCGGGAAUGGCAACUGCAUACCGAACAAAUGGCGCUGCGAUCAGGAGAGCGAUUGUGCCGAUGGCUCCGACGAGGCCAACGAGCUGUGCAUGAACGCCUGUCCCAACAACGAGUUCAAAUGCCACACGGUCGACCAGUGCAUUCCGCGCAGCUGGCUCUGCGAUGGCAGCAACGAUUGCCGCGACAAGUCCGAUGAGGCCCACUGCAGAGCCCGAACCUGUUCGCCGGAUGAGUACGCCUGCAAGAGCGGCGAGGGGCAGUGCGUUCCUUUGGCCUGGAUGUGCGACCAGAGCAAGGACUGCAGCGAUGGCUCCGACGAGCACAACUGCAACCAGACCUGUCGCGCCGACGAGUUCACCUGCGGCAAUGGGCGGUGCAUCCAGAAGCGGUGGAAGUGCGACCAUGACGACGACUGCGGCGACGGAUCCGACGAGAAGGAGUGCCCCGUGGUGCCCUGCGACUCCGUGGCGGAGCACACCUGCACCAACGGAGCCUGCAUCGCCAAGCGCUGGGUCUGCGACGGCGAUCCGGACUGCUCCGACGGCUCCGAUGAGCGGUCCUGUGCGAAUGUGACCAAGACGACCACGCCUUGCCUGCCGCACGAGUACCAGUGCAAGGACCGCAUCACCUGCCUGCACCACAGCUGGCUCUGCGAUGGUGACCGCGACUGUCCCGACGGCGAUGACGAGCACACGGCCAACUGCAAGAACGUCACCUGCCGGGCGGAUCAGUUCCAGUGCGGGGAUCGCAGCUGCAUCCCGGGUCACCUCACCUGCAACGGGGACAAGGACUGCGCCGAUGGCAGCGACGAGCGGGACUGCGGGUUGAGUCUCAGUCUGGGAGUGACCCAAGGGGCGUGCAACACCACCAGUGAAUUCGAUUGCGGAGGAGGUCAGUGCAUUCCGCUCUCGAAGGUCUGUGAUAAGCGAAAGGAUUGUCCGGAUGGCGAGGAUGAGCCGGCUGGCAAGUGUGGCAUCAACGAGUGUGCCUCCAAGAACGGGGGCUGCAUGCACCAGUGCGUGGAUCUGAAGGUGGGUCACCACUGCCAGUGCCACGAGGGCUAUACUUUAUCCCCUGACAAGCGGAACUGCCAGGACAUCAACGAGUGCGAUGCGCCCGGAAGGUGCUCCCAGAUCUGCGUCAACGAAAUCGGGGGCUUCAAGUGCGAGUGCGAGGCGGGCUACAUGAGGGAUCCCAAGAAUCACACCAGGUGCAAGGCCAGCGAAGGACACGCCUCGCUGCUCCUGGCCCGCCGUCAUGACAUCCGGAAGAUAGCCCUCGACCACAUGGAAAUGACGUCCAUUGUCAACAGUACAAAGGCAGCCACUGCCCUGGACUUUGUCUUCCGCACGGGCAUGAUCUUCUGGAGCGAUGUGACCACGCAGAGCAUCUACAAGGCUCCCAUCGAUGAGGGCAAUGAGAAGACGGUGGUGCUGACCAAAUCCUCGGUGACCUCGGAUGGUCUGGCUGUGGACUGGAUCUACAACCAUGUCUACUACACGGACACCCACAAGUGCACCAUCGAACUGACCAACUUCGAGGGCAGCAUGGGCAAGGUCCUGGUGGAGGACUCGCUGGACAUUCCGCGUUCCAUUGCGCUGGAUCCCAUCGAGGGCUGGAUGUACUGGUCCGACUGGGGCGCCUCUCCCCGCAUCGAAAGGGCGGGCAUGGAUGGCUCGCACCGCACCACCAUCAUUAGCUACGAUGUCAAGUGGCCCAAUGGCAUCACCUUGGAUCUGGUGCGGAAGCGCAUCUACUGGGUGGACGGAAAACUCAACGUCAUCUCGUCGGCGAACUACGAUGGCUCCCAGCGGAGCCAGGUUCUCUACUCCGGCGAGUACCUGCGGCAUCCCUUCUCCAUCACCACCUUCGAGGAUUACGUCUACUGGACCGACUGGGACAAGCAGGCGGUGUUCAAGGCCAACAAGUUCACCGGAGAGGAUGUGGAGCCUGUCACAGCAAUGCAUAUGCUCCAGCAUCCGAUGGUGGUCCACGUAUACCACCCGUACCGCCAGCCGGAUGGCGUGAAUCACUGCCAGUCGGUGAAUGGCCACUGCUCUCACCUCUGCCUGCCAGCUCCCAGGAUCAAUGACCGGAGUCCUCGCAUUUCCUGCGCCUGUCCCACGGGUCUGAAGCUGAUGGUCGAUGGCCUCAUGUGUGUCGAAGAUCCUCUUUAUGUGGCUCCCGCCACGAAACCCCCGCGAGCCCGCAAAACGAAACCCAGACCGAAAACCCCGCGACGACGACUGCCCACCGGUGUCCAAGUGGGUCAUGCUGACAUUCGGAUCGGGAUUAACGAUGAUCUCCGGCUGAGCACCAGGCUGCCCCUGUUGCCCGCGACUUUCGUUGCCGACCAGCGUCCAGUGAAGAACCAGACCCAAAUCGAAAAGACCACAACGCCCAGUGAGCAGCCGGAUUCCGGCUUUAUUGCGCUGGUGGUUAUAGCCAGUCUCAGUGGAUUGGCAGUCCUGCUGUCGGUGCUCCUGCUCAUUGGCUACCGCUACUGCAGCAAGCGACGCAUCAACUCGAUGAACUUUGAGAAUCCCAUCUACCGCAAAACCACCACCACAGAGGAUCAUUUCAGUCUCCGGAAAAACCUACCGGCCCGGAUCUACGACCAUACCAGUGUCAUGGAUGAGGAGUACUCCCCCGUCAUAGGCAUAUCCUCGUAUUAGACUGAUUCCCUUGGAAUCGUGUGAAAUGUGGAUUGAAUGAUUCUUUCGCUUGGUCGCUGGAAAAGUGGAACGACCAAAGCUGACUCGAGACCCGCGGCAGAAAACACGCGCCUGAAGACUGAGCAACUCUGUGUAUUGUGUAAAUUAAUUAUUUUAAAAUUUUAAGGCACGGCAAGGACGACGGGUCACCUUGGGGCGCAUCCUCAAAGGAUGCUGUACAAAAUACUAUGUCGCAGAGUUCUAUCGCAAAAAACAGAAAAGUAAAAUUACAGUAACGAGAAGCGUAAAACACAAAACGAGAUGUUUAAGUGAAAUCUAAUUGCUAAUUAUAAAUUACAUAGUUCCAAACUGUAUAUAGCUGUAAGUGUGCAUUAUUUUUAAAUGAAGCAAAUUAACAUUAAUAUACGUAAACAUGACAAAAGGAUCAUAGUGCUUAUGGUCGGUCUACUAUUUGAGAGAGUUGAGAAAUUAUAUUUCUGUUGUCGAGGAGCAGAAUCGUUUUAUUAUAUUACCACUAUUACUACAUACGUAUUAGCCUUUUGUUAACUGUAUUGUUAAGUGUACAUACAUAUGUAUAUGUCUCCCCACUAAAAGAAAGAUAUGAUGAAUAAUAAACUCAGAACAUACUUAUGUGUAGCAUA